AUGCAGACUCUAUCUCUCAAUUUUUUAUUAUUCACCAUAAGUGGUGUAUGGCGACCGAUCGAAUGGACAUCGAAAUGUUCGAAAUACUUGUACGGCGCGUUCACUUUCUCCACGAUGUAUUUAUUACAUUUUUCGAUGCUGACUCAAUUAAUGGAUAUUGUUCUUGUUGUUAAUAACAUGGAUGAUUUUGCUACAACUUCCUUAAUGUUCCUUUCGGCUGUCGGUGCAUUUUGCAAAGCAACUACUGCAAUAACUCGUCGUAGUGAGAUUAUUAACCUAGUUAAAAUUCUACAAGAAAAACCAUGCAAGCCUAACAGCAAAGAGGAAAUUAAUAUUCAGACGAAAUAUGACACCUUAAUCAGAUCGUGUUCCAUAAGUUAUACACUUUUGGCAUUGUUUUCUGCCACUGGUGCUACGAUAGGGGAAAUACUCGCUGUUUUACAAGGUGAAUUACCUUAUAGAGGGUGGGUGCCUUACAACACUUACACUUCGCUUUUUUUAUUUUUACUCACAUCUCUUCAAGAAAUGUUAGCUUUGAUUUUCGGUACGAUUGUAAAUAUCGCUACGGAAACCUUGGUAUUAGGGUUUUGCUUACAAACGUGUUCACAACUUGAAAUUCUAAAAUAUCGUCUUCGAAGGGAGGUAAAAUCUAGCGAAAAGGAAGAAACUUAUUGCGACAAUCCGUUAAAUGGCGUGUCACGUUAG